AUGUCCGCAUCAGCGCGCGCCGCAUCACUCGCUUGGCUUCCGCUUCUCCGCUCCCGCGCGCUCCCCGCCCUUCCUCUUUGCGCUACCGUCCCUUUCUCCCCUGCCUCGCCUUUGCGCGCCCCUCUCCCUCCGCCGUCUGGUUCCGCCUUCCGCGCGCGCUUUCACGCAGCGGAAGCUCCGCCUUCGCAGAUUCAAUCUCGUCUCGGCGCUAGAACCGACCGCGUACUUUCCCGCGCAAGCGCUUUCACUCCCCGCUUUGCGCCAGCGGCCCGGGGCUCGCGCGCGAUCAGCGGAGCUUCACCACGCGUAUCCCCCCACGCAGCUGCUGAUUCGCGGAAGCCGGAAAUGGCGCACGCGGGGACUAGCGAGGAAAGGGGAGCUUCGGGGGAGCGGGCGGAGCGGAAAGUUGCGCCGUUCGGGGCGUGGGAAUCCCCCAUCGGCGCAGAUAUGGCGAGCGGCGCAAGCCUGCGCUUCGGGGGGGCGGCGGUGGAUAGCGCGGGGCGCCUGGUGUGGGCGGAGGGCAGACCCACGGAGAAGGGUCGGGUGGUGGUGGUGAGGGAGGGGACACGUGGCGCAACCCCAUUGGACGUCUCACCUCCCUCCAUGAGCGUGCGAUCCCGCGUGCACGAGUACGGCGGAGGAGCCUUUCUGGUCGCCCCCUCUCCUCCUCCUCCUGCCACGUCUACUGCCACGGCGGAUGCCACGUCAGCAGCUGAACAUGUGCCGAGCGAUCUGCUGAUCUUUUCCAACGGAGCCGAUCAACGGCUGUAUGUGCUCGAGAUGCCAUCUGGCGGCUCAGAUUCUGCCGAAGUGCCCCAGCCACGUCCGCUGACACCUGUCGUCGAGCCACCUGGCGCGCUGCGAUUCGCUGACACCCGGUUGGACGCAUGCCGGAGGCGAGUGAUAUGCGUACAGGAGGACCAUCGCCAAAUCAAUGGUGGCGGGGGCGGAACAGAGGAGCACGGGGGACAUGGCGAGCCGAGUAACAUGCUUGUGGCUGUUUCGUUGGAUAGCGAUGGGACAGAAGGUGAGUUGUGUUUUGAGACGUCUCAAAACAAGCAUCUGGCGCAGACCUCUAUGCUUCGCCCAUCUGAGCCCGGAUGGCAAGCAGCUGGCAUGGAUGGAGUGGAGCCACCCGACUUGCACUCUUCACCAUGCCUGAGCCAGUUCUGUUCCAUGCGCCUCCCCUCGCCACUCCUUGCCCCUUUCCCUUCCCAGUUCCCCGUGGUGCUGGCGAGUGGAGCAGACUUCUACGCAUCCCCACGCCAGAGCCCCGAUGGCAAGCAGGUGGCAUGGAUCGAGUGGAUCCCCGUGGUGCUGGCGAGUGGAGCAGACUUCUAUGCAUCCCCACGCCUGAGUCCGGAUGGCAGGCAGCUGGCAUGGAUGGAGUGGAGCCACCCGCACAUGCCGUGGGAGAGGAGUCGGGUGAUGGUGGGAACAUUCGAUGAUGAUGGGUACGUUGAGGCAUGGUGCGGUGUGGUGCGGUGUGGUGUGGUGCAAGGGGCAGCUGGCGUGGAUGGAGUGGGACCACCCCCACAUGCCGUGGGAGAGGAGUCGGGUGAUGGUCGGGACAUUCGAUGA